ACACACAAAGCAGAUGAAUGGUAUAUUAUGACCAGUGGCGCAGCCUCCUGAUUGACUGAGGAGAUUAUCAGGAAACAAACAUGGCUACCCUGUCUGUUGGAGACCCGCAAGAGAUGGAAGUGGACCGGAAGGGCGAGUCAGAGGAGUCUGGAGAUGAUGAGACCAGGAGGAAGAGCAUCAAUGGGGAGGUGGAUGCCAAUCAGCCCCAUACCACAGUUAAAGAGGAGCCUCCUGUUGAAAUGGAUACCAUAACUCUGGACCCAGAGGAAGAGGAUGUGGAUUUUGUCCACUGUCGUAUUGGGAAGAUUGAGGGACUGGGGGUGUUGAGGAAGGCUAAGACGCUCUCUCUAAGGCAGAACCUGAUCAAGACGAUUGAAAACCUGGAGACGUUAGUGAUGUUGAAGGAGCUUGAUCUCUACGACAACCAGAUCCGCAAACUUGAGAACCUGCAGACCCUCAAAGAGCUGGAUCAGCUGGACGUGUCCUUCAAUCUGCUGAGGAAGGUGGAGGGUCUGGAGCGUCUGAUGGGGCUAAAGAAGCUCUUUUUGCUGCACAACAAGAUCAGCCACAUCGCCAACCUGGACCACCUCACUGGCCUGGAGAUGUUGGAGCUGGGCUCCAACCGCAUCCGGCUAAUAGAGAACUUGGACGGGCUGUCCUCGUUGACGAGUCUGUUUCUGGGCACCAAUAAGAUCACUCAGCUGCAGCAUCUGGAAGGCCUUCACAAUCUGACAGUCCUCAGCAUCCAGAGUAACCGCAUCACCAAGAUGGAGGGUCUGCAGGGUCUGGUCAACCUGAAGGAACUCUACCUGAGUCACAACGGCAUCGAGGUCAUUGAGGGCCUGGAGAACAAUAAAAAGCUCACAACUCUGGACAUCGCAGCCAACCGGGUAAAGAAAAUCGAAAACAUCAGCCAUCUAACAGACCUACAGGAAUUCUGGAUGAAUGAUAAUCUUCUAGAGAACUGGUCAGAUCUGGAUGAGCUGAAGAGUUCCAAGGCCCUGGAGACGGUGUACCUGGAAAGGAACCCCUUACAGAAGGACCCCCAAUAUCGCAGGAAGAUCAUGCUGGCUCUGCCCUCCGUACGCCAGAUCGACGCCACAUUCAUCCGCUUUUGACCGGGCCACACCUCACACCCCCACCUCGGGGUCCAUCCACUCAUUUUUCUUCCCCUGCAACUGCAAAAUGGACCUGUGCUUACUGCACACACUCAUUCACCACAGGCACACACCUACAGAUACAGACGAGUGUCCUUGUAUACCACAUGCAUUCCGACCUUCACUUUUCACUUGCCUUACCGUCUCAUGUAAAACACACAUGUACACACUUACAAUGACCAUUUAACCUAUGCUAUUGUGUUAAUGCAUAUUAAUUUAUUGUCAGAAUUGGACUGGCUGGGAGGAGUGGGAGCUGCAGGGAUUUCAGAAGGACCCCCCCCCCCUUCUUUUCCCCCUUUGGAUGUGGAGUAGGGAAUAAUUGCUCUGGCUGAUUGUCCUUUUGUCUGGAGGGAUGUAAAAGAAGGCAGUCUGUCUUUUUCCCUUUGAAAUUACAAGGAGGUGGGAUAAAGGUAUUUCUGAUGGUUUAUUUGAGUGUUCAUCACAUUUCCUUCAGGAAGGUCUAAACUUGCCAGACAUUUUUUUUUAAAUAAGACUAUACUAAAUGUGACACUGGUUAGCUGCUGCCUUUAGUGGUGCUAACACAGGGUGUGUUGGUGUGUAUGAUACUUGGUGGGGUUGCCAAGGGGAUAUUUAGCUCACCAUAACACUAAGGUUCCCUCAGAUUGUAGCUAUGUUAAACAGAUGCUGUAUCUGUUGUUCAAUGAAGUAUUGAACUUAAUUCACACCCUGUCACAAAGAAGCAUACUCUGAAACGGGUCCACUUCGGGACAAUAAAGCAAAUGUGCUGUGCUGUUCUGAAUGCCAAAUCAUGGUUGCACCAAGAAACAAACCAGGGGUUUGUGCGUUAGGAAAAAAUGUAGCAGAGCAUUUUGCAAUGGGGCAAAACUGAAACAAGUGGUUCUUGCACAAGAGCAGAUGUUUCACUCUGUUUUGUGUUUCUUGACUGAUGAACAUGACCCAAUUACCAGAGAGUAUAACCACAUGUGAAGAGUGGGAUUUUUUUGCUAUAAGAUUUGUUCUCAACUGUUUCAUUGAUUCAUUUGUUUUUAUUUCAUUUCUUAAAUGGAUUUGUUUUGAAAGGGUCAAAGACCAAGUUUGAUUAUUUACAAUGUCCUGAUUCAAAUUAAUCUGCAGUCUGAGCUCUACUGAAAAAUAAACCAUUACAAAUA